ACGAGCCAAUAUGAUAUCAACAACGAGGUGCUUAAAACUCUUUCUUCCUAGGGAUGAUAGUGUGAACUAACACUUCCCGUUUGGCCUCUUUACAUGUGUGGAUUGGGCCACCCAUCCUUCAUAAGAAAUGAAAGCUUAUGGGCUUGUUGCCUGCAUAAGGAGUGACUGUAGACAGUGAGCUCAACCAACAAUAACCUUCACCAUUGAAGCCUUGAUAGAAACCAUGACGAAGAUUGGAGUACCUUGUUGUUUGUUCUGAGUAAUGAAGAUGAUAGUAUUGGUGUUGUCAUGGAUGCAUUUGCAUCCAUGACAGUACUAUGCUGUCAAUUUUUAGACUAGAAUGAGAGAAGAGAAGAAACAUGAACAAGUUGCUUUGGAUUGGAUUAAGAGAAGAGAAGAAACACAAAAUGUUAUUGGAUUAGGGCUGCCGUGUUAUGUGCCGGCGCUCCCAUCUUCAUCUCCAUCUCCGACCUCCAAAUGUCGCCGAAGUUCCACAUUUCUCGUCCGCUCCUCUCUCUCUCAAGCGAGCCCUCUCUCAAUCCCCUCUCCCUAAUCAUCCUCUCCUUCUCUCACUCUCACUAUUCUACUUCCAAUUCACCAUCUCACACUUCUCACUAUCUCUCUCAGUUUCUCCCUCUCGCCGAUUCCACCUUCAAACCCCUCAACAUAAUCACCGCACGUGAACGUCGCCUAGUCGUCCUGGGCCUAUCCACCGCCAUCAAAACCGACCAGGGUUUCGCCCUCAAGGCCUUCUCCCUCCGCUUCUGCCCCUUCCUUCUCGUCAAGAUUAUGAACUUCUUAGACACCCGCCACGCCGCGUUUGCCUUCUUCAAGCUAGCCUUCGGGAACAAUUCCGAGGAGACCGUUCGCUUGAGCUGCGUCGCGGCGCAUGUUCUGGCCGCAAAGGGGCUUCACCUGCUCGCGCAGGACGUGGUUUCCUGGCUCAUUGCCAGGGUUGGGGCUGGGAGAGCCAACGAAAUAUUUGAGUUUAUGUGGAAGAAUCAUGCUAUUUACGAGUCUGAUUUUUCUGUGUUGAAUACGCUUUUGCGGGGGUUUCUGAAUUUGGGGAUGAGUUUUGAGGCGUUGGAGGUUUUGCGUAAGAUGAGGGAUGUGGGAGUUAGGCCUGGUUUGUCUUCACUGACUAUUCUCAUGAGGUUGUUGCUUAGGCUUGGCGAUUAUGGUAGUGUGUGGAAGGUGUUCAAGGAUAUGAUCCACAGAGGGCCUCGCCCUUCGAAUAUCACGUUUAAUGUGAUGUUGUAUGGGUUUUGUAGACAACAGAAGAUUGCGAUUGCGGAGAGUUUGUUACAUUUGAUGCCUAAGUUUAUGUGUAGUCCUGAUGUUUUUGCGUUUAACAUUCUUAUUAACGCGUGCUGUGUGAGGGGGAGGACUUCGGUUGCGUUUGAUUGGCUAAAUUUGAUGGUUAGAAGUGGUCUUGAACCGAGUCUUGCUACGUUUAAUACCAUUAUGCAUGCACUUUGCCGGGAAGGGAAUGUGGGGAGGGCGCAGAAGCUCUUUGAUCAGAUUCAGGAUAUGGGAAUUGCGCCAAAUGCAGCUAUGUAUAAUACACUGAUGGAUGGGUAUUUCAAGGCACGGGAAGUUAGUCAGGCUAUCUCGCUUUAUGAAAAGAUGAGGACUAAGGGUGUUUCUCCUGAUUGUGUGACUUUUAAUAUUUUGGUUGGGGGAUAUUAUAAGUAUGGGAGAAAAGAUGAUUGGAACAAGUUGUUGAAAGAUUUGAUUGUAUUGGGAUUGUUUCCAGAUUGUUCACUGUGUGAUGUAACUGUGUCUGUGCUAUGUUGGACUGGCAGAAUUGAUGAGGCCAUGGCAUUAUUGCAAGAACUGCUUGAAAAGGGACUAACUCUUAGUGUUGUCGCCUUUAACUCAGUAAUAGGUGCCUAUAGCAGGGCAGGUUUAGAAGACAAAGCUUUUGAAGCCUAUCGUAUUAUGGUCUUGGGCGGUUUCACUCCUUCAUCGUCCACUUGUAAUUCUUUGCUUAUGAGUUUGUGUAGGAAAGGAUGCUUGCAAGAAGCCAGGACACUUUUGUAUGGGAUGCUAGAGAAGGGGUUUCCCAUCAACAAAGUGGCUUACACGGUGCUUUUGGAUGGAUAUUUCAAGAUGAAUGAUUUGGAUGGAGCUCAGUUUCUGUGGAAGGAAAUGAAAGAAAGGGGUAUAUAUCCAGAUGUUGUUGCCUUUACAGCCUUAAUUGACGGGCUUUCAAAAGCAGGUAAUGUCGAGGAGGCAUAUGAAGUGUUCUUAGAAAUGUCCGCCAUGGGUUUUAUUCCUAAUAAUUUUGCUUACAAUUCUUUGAUUAGAGGCCUCUGCAAUUGUGGGAGGAUGACUGAAGCAUUAAAGUUGGAGAAAGAGAUGAGGCAAAAAGGCAUUCUUUCUGACACCUUCACCUUCAAUAUCGUCAUUGAUGGCUAUUGUAGACGGGGACAAAUGAAGUUUGCAACUGAUACAUUUCUUGACAUGCAACGGAUUGGUUUGCCGCCUGAUAUUUUCACAUUUAACAUAUUAAUAGGAGGGUAUUGCAAGGCAUUUGACAUGGUUGGCGCAGGUCAGAUGGUUGAUAAAAUGUACUCAUGUGGGCUUGACCCAGAUAUCACAACCUAUAAUACACAAAUGCAUGGCUACUGCAGAAUGCGAAAAAUGAAUCAAGCAGUUAUCAUUUUGGAUGAGCUCAUCUCCGCUGGCAUUGUUCCAGACACAGUGACAUACAACACUAUGAUGAAUGGUGAUGGACAUUGGAGAGUUUUUUUGCUUGUGUUGAUCUGGGAAUUAGAACUGAACAUUGUUAAGAAGCACAUCUCUCAAAAGCUUAAUCAUAAGAUAAAUGAAGACAAGGAAACUGAGAAAAAUGAGGCCAAAGCCAUGGAGAUAAUAAUCUUGAUGCUCAUUUGCUCAUCGGAGGAGAGUGCAUUAAAUGAAUGAUUAUCAUGAAAGGAAAAAGUUUAGAAUCAAACGAGAAUACUUGGAAUUAUGGGGUACUUCUUAGAGGUUUGGAAUUGAGCUAGAGGCUACAGUCCCUCCUAAUGUUGCAAAGUCAAAGAGGUGAAACUUGGUGUGGGCUUCAAGUGAUAUGUUUGAGAAACUUAAAUUCAAAAGAAAAAAAGAGAAGAGGAAGAAGCUUCCAAGAUAAAAUAGCUGGAAUCUGGAGGGACCAUGAUGCAACAAAGUAACUAUCAUGAAAUGGUAAAGAAAAGGUAAGAAAGAAAGGGAAUGUCCAGAAAAAGCCUUAUGGGAUGGUGGAGUCAAAUAUUAUUGAGCUUCUGGCUGACUUCUUUUGGAACAAUUCAAUUAUGGUCUUAAUAUUUUUGGUCCUACUUGAUUUUGGUUUUGGUCCCUAUACUUAAUAAGGUUGAUAUGUGGUCCUUAUAGUUUUACAAGUUUAGGUUUUGCAUCUAGUUUGGAUAAACUUCUUCCAUAUUCCAUAAGAAAAAUAAACUUGUGCGCCACAAUUUGUAUAGAAGCUCUCGCAUCCAACUUUUCCAAAAACUGAGGUUCAUUAUUUUAUUUUAACUUGUAGAAAUUCAGUUCGCUUACUUUUAUUUUCUUCUCUCAUAACUGCUUAUUAGAAGUUCACCCAACAAGAUCUUGGUGCCUAGUUUUAUUCUGUUUUGUUUUCUAUUCUUAUAGUUUUUUCUACUUAGGUUUAAGUCUCUCGAGUAAACCAGACAUUGGUCCAAAUGGUUGUACCUUACAAGACAUGUUUUGGCAUACCGUUUGUAGUAGGGACCAAACCAAAAUUUUUAAAGUAUACGGAUCAAAACCAAAGUUAAAGUGAUUCAUACCAAAAAUAUAUUUAAACCUUCAAUUAUAUUUGAAUAUGUUCACCUUGUUUGUUAGUGAAAGAGCAUGCUACUGCGAGCAUUACACAGAAAUGUGCUUGUGUUGAUCCUGGAAUGUAGUUCGAUAUUUAGCAAGAGGAAAUGGAAACUUCUGUCAUUGGCAUGCUGAA